AUGGAACAAGAGGACAAGGUAUCUCAACCACCUAAACAAAAUAAAUCGUGCAUGUGCAAGGCAUGCAAGACUGGUCAACUGAAGUCUCUGCCAUGUCACCAAGGAACAACUUUGGGAAAGAAGAGACAAAAGCAUGAUCAUAUAAAUGACAGCAAUGCAAAGAUGGUGAUCAUCGGGCUACGCUUUCGUCCCCUCGAUGGGCUCGCCCCAGAUUUAAGCCGCGUCCGGGCUGCAAUCGAUCAGAUUCGGGCUGAGAGCAAGGGUCGGAGGUUGUUGAAGAGGGGAACGCUCAUCAAGAUCUGA